GGGGGGGCCCGCGGCUCAUGCGCGGUGCACCGAGGCUUGUUUCACAUCUGUAACAACAGGAGGAGGCCCAGCCUCGUGAUGAGGAAUAGCAAGGAGAGAAUUCAGCUCCAGUUCAAAAGCCUACAAAAUCUGAGACUGUCACUGCUCGUGUAAGGAUUCCAGCCUUCCCUCCUGGCCAGAAAUGUUCAGCCUGGACUCAUUCAGAAAAGAUCGGGCCCAGCACAGGCAGCGUCAGUGCAAACUUCCCCCACCCCGCCUUCCACCCAUGUGUGUCAACCCUGCCCCUGGAGGGACCAUCUCUCGAGCUUCUAGGGACCUAUUAAAAGAGUUCCCACAGCCCAAAAACCUUCUCAACAGUGUAAUUGGAAGAGCCCUCGGCAUCUCACAUGCAAAAGACAAACUGGUCUACGUGCACACGAAUGGACCGAAGAAAAAGAAAGUCACCCUCCACAUAAAGUGGCCCAAGAGCGUGGAGGUCGAAGGCUAUGGCAGCAAGAAGAUCGACGCCGAGCGGCAGGCGGCAGCGGCGGCCUGCCAGCUCUUCAAGGGCUGGGGCCUGCUGGGUCCCCGAAAUGAGCUGUUUGAUGCAGCCAAAUACCGCGUGCUAGCUGAUCGCUUUGGCUCUCCGGCUGACAGCUGGUGGCGCCCAGAACCCACCAUGCCACCUACUUCCUGGCGGCAGCUGAACCCUGAGAGCAUCCGGCCGGGGGGACCUGGGGGCCUGUCCCGCUCCUUGGGCCGGGAAGAAGAGGAGGAUGAGGAGGAAGAGCUGGAAGAGGGGACCAUUGAUGUCACCGACUUCCUGUCCAUGACCCAGCAGGACUCCCACACCCCACUCAGGGACUCGAGGGGGGGUUCCUUUGAAAUGACAGACGACGACAGUGCUAUCAGGGCCCUGACCCAGUUUCCGCUUCCCAAGAACCUUCUGGCCAAAGUGAUUCAGAUAGCAACAUCGUCCUCCACAGCUAAGAACCUCAUGCAGUUCCAUACUGUGGGCACCAAGACCAAGCUGUCCACCCUCACUCUGCUCUGGCCCUGUCCCAUGACCUUUGUCGCCAAAGGGCGCCGCAAAGCAGAGGCUGAGAAUAAGGCGGCAGCCUUGGCCUGCAAGAAACUGAAGAGCCUGGGCCUGGUGGACCGCAACAAUGAGCCGCUUACCCACGCCAUGUAUAACCUGGCCUCCUUGCGUGAGCUGGGCGAGACGCAGCGCCGGCCGUGCACCAUCCAGGUGCCUGAGCCCAUCCUCCGAAAGAUAGAGACCUUCCUGAACCAUUACCCUGUGGACAGUUCCUGGAUCUCCCCGGAGCUCCGGCUGCAGAGCGAGGACAUCUUGCCCUUGGGCAAGGACUCAGGGCCCCUGAGUGACCCUAUCACAGGCAAGCCCUACGUGCCCCUGUCAGAAGCAGAGGAGGUGCGUCUGAGCCAGAACUUGCUGGAGCUGUGGCGGCGGCGAGGACCAGUCUGGCAGGAGGCCCCCCAGCUCCCCGUGGACCCGCAUCGGGACACCAUCCUCAAUGCCAUCGAGCAGCACCCGGUGGUGGUCAUCUCUGGGGACACGGGCUGCGGCAAGACCACGCGCAUCCCCCAGCUGCUGCUGGAGCGCUACGUGACCGAGGGCCGCGGCGCCCGCUGCAACGUGAUCAUCACCCAGCCGCGCCGCAUCUCCGCCGUGUCCGUGGCACAGCGGGUCAGCCACGAACUGGGCCCCUCUCUGCGCCGGAACGUGGGCUUCCAGGUGCGGUUGGAAAGCAAGCCCCCGGCCCGCGGCGGGGCCCUGCUCUUCUGCACCGUGGGCAUCCUGCUGCGGAAGCUGCAGAGCAACCCCAGCCUGGAGGGCGUGAGCCAUGUCAUCGUGGACGAGGUCCACGAGCGGGAUGUGAACACAGACUUCCUGCUGAUUCUGCUCAAGGGCCUGCAGCGGCUCAACCCGGCCCUGCGGCUAGUGCUGAUGAGCGCCACGGGUGAUAACGAGCGCUUCUCCCGCUACUUUGGCGGCUGCCCGGUCAUCAAGGUGCCGGGCUUCAUGUACCCGGUCAAGGAGCACUACCUGGAGGACAUCCUGGCCAAGCUGGGCAAGCACCAGUACCCGCACCGGCACCGGCACCACGAGUCUGAGGAUGAGUGUGCACUCGAUUUGGACCUCGUGACGGAUCUGGUUCUGCACAUCGAUGCCCGAGGGGAGCCAGGUGGGAUCCUCUGCUUCCUGCCUGGUUGGCAGGAGAUCAAAGGAGUGCAGCAACGCCUCCAGGAGGCCCUGGGCAUGCACGAGAGCAAGUACCUCAUCCUGCCAGUGCACUCCAACAUCCCCAUGAUGGACCAGAAGGCCAUAUUCCAGCAGCCGCCAGUUGGGGUGCGCAAGAUCGUCUUGGCCACCAAUAUCGCGGAGACGUCGAUUACAGUCAAUGACAUCGUGCACGUGGUGGACAGCGGUCUGCACAAGGAGGAACGCUAUGACCUGAAGACCAAGGUGUCGUGCCUGGAGACUGUGUGGGUGUCACGAGCCAAUGUGAUCCAGCGCCGGGGCCGGGCGGGCCGCUGCCAGUCAGGCUUUGCCUACCACCUGUUCCCACGGAGCCGGCUGGAGAAAAUGGUCCCUUUCCAAGUGCCGGAGAUUCUGCGCACGCCCCUCGAGAACCUGGUGCUACAAGCCAAAAUCCACAUGCCUGAGAAGACGGCAGUGGAGUUCCUUUCCAAGGCCGUGGACAGUCCAAACAUUAAGGCGGUGGACGAGGCUGUGAUCUUGCUCCAGGAGAUCGGAGUGCUGGACCAGCGGGAGUACCUGACCACCCUGGGGCAGCGCCUGGCCCACAUCUCCACCGACCCCCGGCUGGCCAAGGCCAUAGUGCUGGCCGCCAUCUUCCGCUGCCUGCACCCGCUGCUGGUGGUCGUCUCCUGUCUCACCCGGGACCCCUUCAGCAGUAGCCUGCAGAACCGGGCGGAGGUGGACAAGGUCAGCCCCGCCCCUCCCCCACCCCCUGUCCGGAAAGCCGCCGCAGCCGGCCCUCACCCUGUGGCCUCGGUGCCCCCUUCCGCUCCCUCCCAGGUGAAGGCACUGUUGAGCCAUGACAGUGGCAGUGACCACCUGGCCUUCGUGCGGGCCGUGGCGGGCUGGGAGGAGGUGCUGCGCUGGCAGGACCGCAGCUCCCGUGAGAACUAUCUGGAGGAAAAUCUGCUCUACGCCCCCAGCCUACGCUUCAUCCACGGACUCAUCAAGCAGUUCUCGGAGAACAUUUACGAGGCUUUCCUGGUGGGGAAGCCCUCCGACUGCACCCUGGCCUCUGCCCAGUGCAACGAGUACAGCGAGGAGGAGGAGCUGGUGAAGGGUGUGCUGAUGGCGGGCCUCUACCCCAACCUCAUCCAGGUGAGGCAGGGCAAGGUGACCCGGCAGGGCAAGUUCAAGCCCAACAGUGUCACUUACAGGACCAAAUCAGGCAACAUCUUGCUGCACAAGUCGACCAUUAACAGGGAGGCCACGCGGCUGCGGAGCCGAUGGCUGACGUAUUUCAUGGCUGUCAAGUCCAACGGCAGCGUCUUCGUGCGGGACUCCUCCCAGGUGCACCCGCUAGCCGUGCUGCUGCUGACCGACGGGGACGUGCACAUCCGGGACGAUGGGCGCCGAGCCACCAUCUCCCUGAGCGACAGUGACCUGCUGCGGCUGGAGGGGGACUCGCGCACCGUGCGGCUGCUGCGGGAGCUGCGCCGGGCGCUGGGCCGCAUGGUGGAGCGGAGCCUGCGCAGCGAGCUGGCCGCGCUGCCGCCGGGCGUGCAGCAGGAGCACGGGCAGCUGCUGGCGCUGCUGGCCGAGCUGCUGCGGGGGCCCUGUGGCAGCUUCGACGUGCGCAAGACGGCGGACGACUGAGCCCCCGUCUGCUGGGGCCGUGUACAGAGUGCAAAUGUUUAUUUAAAAUAAAGUUCUAUUUAUCCCUUGUGA